AAAUCUUCAAGCUAACCCCCCUCUCGAUCUCUACUGGAAAUGGAGGGCUAUAUUUGGAGGAGUGUGGUGAUGUCACAAGUGGAUGAGGGUAGGAGCCUAUAACAGAGAGGAUGGAGUGAGUGUGUGAGUGUUUGUGUGAAAAACAGAGACAACGCCGGCACCUCCAGGAGCUGCUGUCCACUGGUUUGAAACCGCUGGAAAACAAAUACAAGUAUUCCUGUCUGCCAUGUAUCAUCUGAAACUGCCCUCCCAGAUCCUGAUCUUCCUUGUGAUGCUGCAAUGUGUUGCCACAGUCCCUUACAACAGGUACUCCCUUCCCUCUGACGAAAAGCCAGAUGACUCGCAAGAGGUCGAUGGAUGGCUGGUUACAGAUCUAUCUGACAAUCCAUUUGUGAGUUUUACAAGGCCACGGCCUCCAAGGGGCCUCACUGCAGUGAACAGUCAUCACAUGGAAAAGCGGAAGUGUAACACAGCCACCUGCGUGACUCAGAGAUUAGCAGACUUUCUCAUCCGAUCCAGCAACACCCUCGGCACCGUCUACGCGCCGACCAACGUAGGAGCCAACACUUACGGGAAGAGAGACUUGCUGCAGUCGCCCAUUUAUCUGCCCCUAUAGUUCAAAUGCAAACACAGUGGAAAAUACAGGCAAAUAAAUGUAAGAUGUAUACUAAUGAUGGAAAUUAUUCUGUUUGUUUUAUUUUUAUUAUUAUUUAUUAUCAUGAUUAUGUUUCCCCCUGAGUAUAAAAGAGCCAGUGCCUUUUGGUGUAAACAACUGUUUGCAGCAUUUUCAGUUUUGGGUAAACCUUGCAUGUCAAUAAGUGUUUUGCAACAUGUUAUCAUGAUGGCAUAUGAAUAAAAUGUAUUAUAAAAAUGACAUGGAUGGCAAAGAAGAAUGGACCUUUUGUUUAGAUUUAUUUUGGUUUCUAAUAAAAGAAAGA